UUGAAUGAUUCAAAAUCAUUAAUAUUCAAAGUGUUGCUGAUUGGUAGUUUCGGGGUUGGGAAACAAACUCUAUUGAACAGACUAUCAUCAUCGUCAAACAAUACUAAUCAAUCUAUGAAUUUAGAUGAAAAGAAACUAGGCAUCACAAUAUCAUCAUCUUAUCAAAUAAAAAUUGUAAUUUAUCAACAUGAAUUAGAUAAUGUAAAUUAUUUAAUUCAAUUUAUGGAACCACCUACUGUUGAUUUGUAA